AAAGACGCCUAUCGUCUAUCGUUGCGCGUUCGCUCAUAUAGUUAUUGGUCGCCAUCGCUAAGAAGUCGAGGCUCGAUGCUGGGCAAUGUAAUGGGCGGAGAAAUAUAGAGAGAAAUACAAAACAACUCCACUAUGAUGCAGGUUUCAAGGUUUUCUGAAGAAUAAAAUCCUUGGAUUUAAAGAAAUAGGUCAGAGGGUGAAGAAAGAGGAUUAAAGUGAGUGGCAAAAGAAGAGGAUAAAUCAAAGCAGGAGGAGCUCAAAUCAGGGCACUCUAGCCAUUAAUUGAAUGGAGUAGAUGCUGAACAGCUGAAGUGACUAAUAUUUCCAUCUCUGGCACUGAAUCUUCUUUCUCUAAUGGCUGUAGCAUUACGCGUAAAAGUUCUUAGAAAGAAGUCAGAGAGACUUGAGCGGAAAAGAUGGCAGAAAUAUGUGGUGGUAUCAGAAAAGGUUCCUGCCAUAGAAGAUUUGCUGGACAACGUUUAUACAUCUCUCCGCCCUAAACCAAGUGAUUAUGAUGUUCGAAGAGCUCUGGUUUUUGUCUUUAAUGUAUUGGCUAAGGACAUCUAUGGCCCUGGUAGUGACGCCCCUAUGGUGGAGGAGUUUGGGUCUUUCUUAAUGGACUUAUUCACAACUAAAAGUGAUCUAGAUUUAUCUAUUAAUUUUGGGAACAAUGCGGUUGGGUUUUCACGCGAGAAGAGGAUUCAAAAACUGAGGAAGUUUGCUAAGAAGUUAUACGCUCUUCAACGAGAAGGGCAUGUCUAUGGUGUUCAUCCAAUUACUACAGCCAAUGUGCCUAUUCUUAAGGUUGUUGACCGUGGAACUAGAAUUGAGUGUGAUAUAUCAGUUGAAAACAGGGAUGGAGUCUUAAAAUCUAAGAUAGUACAUAUGAUUUGUUCAAUUGAUGAAAGAUUUGGGAAGCUAAGCUUCCUGAUGAAGGCAUGGGCAAAAGCGCAUAACAUUAAUAGCUCAAAGUUCAAAACCUUGAACUCCAUGUCUAUAGUACUCUUAGUUGCUUUUCAUCUACAGACGCGAAAUCCCCCCAUCUUGCCACCUUUUUCUGCCUUAUACAAAGAUGGAGCUGACUCUGCAGAAGCUGAAAAGUUGGUUUGUAAUUUUUCAAACUAUGGAAAGAGCAAUAAAGAAUCAGUAGCCGAGCUGUUCAUGACCCUGUUAAUCAAGUUAUUGGCAGUGGAGAAUCUCUGGUGCAAGGGAAUCUGCGCAAGCACUUAUGAAGGAUCUUGGAUAUCUAAAACCUGGGACUUCAAAGUUGCCUGUAUUAGUGUUGAGGAUUUCACGGAUCGGUCCCAAAAUGUAGCACGGGCAGUUGGAGUGAAAGAAGUGAAAAAGAUAUAUAAGUGCAUCCAUAAUUCAAGCGAGCGCAUUGCUGCUUUCAUGGAGGGCCGAAUUGAGGGAUCUACACUGAAAGAAUAUUUGUUUGGACAAAGUGGUUGUCCCACUUUGAGGGAUGGAAAAGGUAAAAAAGAUGCCAGCAAAGACAAGAAUGGGCAUAAAAAGGAGGUGGCUAUUAAAGCAGGCCAGCAAACUAUUCCACAUGAGCCUGCUGUGGCCGGAUGGGAUAGUGUACCAUCAGGAAAUAGGGGAAGAUCUGCUACAAAAGUUUGGGGAAAAUCAACAUCAGGAAGUUGGGGAAAAUCAAUGCUUGACGGUUGGGGAGGAUCAACAAUAUCAGAAGAGAAUGUCACUGCAAAAAGUUGGGGUGGAUCACAAUCUUCAAGCUUAAAGAGAUCAACUGUUGAAGGAUGGGGAGGAUCAACCUCAGAAAGUUCAGAGAAACCAACUGCCAAAGCUUGGGGAGGAUCACAAUCAACUAGUUGGGGAAAAUCAGCGGUUGAUGUCUUGGGAGGAUCAUCAUCACCGGGAAUUUCAGAGAAACAAGCUACCAAAAUGUGGGGAGGAUCAGAAUCAAAAAGUUGGGAAAAACCAGCAGUUGACACUUUUGGAGGAUCUUCAACACCAGGAAAUUCUGAGAAACAGCAGACUACCAAAGGCUGGGGAGGAUCAAAAUCAAAAAGUUGGGGAAAACCGCUGGUUGAUGUCUGGUUAGGAUCAAACUCAGGAAGCUUAGAGAAAUCAACUGCCAAAAGCUGGGGAGGAUCAACAGCAUCAGGAUGGUCGGGGAAACCAACUGCCAAAGGUUGGGAAGGAUCAACUGCAUCAGGAUGGUCAGAGAAAGAAACUGCCAAAGGGUGGGGACAAUCGGAAUCGACAAGUUGGAGAAAAUCAACAGUGGAUGUUGGAGGGGGGUGGUCGGAGAAACCAACUGCCAAAGGGUGGGGACGAUCAGAAUUGGCAAGUUGGGGAAAACGAACGGUGGAUGUUGGAGUAGGGUCACAAUCAAGUACUUGGGGAGGAUCAACAACAACUGGAAGAUCAAAUGAACCGAUUUCAGAGAAACCGUCUGCCAAAGGCUGGGGAGGAUCACAGUUCAGGAAACAAGUGGUAGGUAUCAGGGGAGAAUCACAACCAAGUAGUUGGGGAAAAGAAAAUGAUGGUGGAGGAUCAACAACAUCAGGAAACUCAGAGAAACUGACUGCCAAAUGUUGGGGAGGUCGACAACCAAAAAGUUGGGAAAGACAAAUGGUGGAUGUUGGGGGAGGAUCAUCAACAUCAGGAAUUUCAGAGAAGCUGGCUACCAAUGGUUGGGGAGGAUCUGCAUCAACGAGUUGGGGGAAGCCAACUGUGGGUUCCUUGGGAGGAAAAGCGCCAGAAUGUUCAAGAAAAUCAGACUCCAUAAAGAGGAAAUGGUCUGAUGAAAAUGAGAGAGGAAUAUCGACUGGAAGGUGGGGCACGUCUUCAAGAAUGGCAGGACAGAAGGUAAGCAAUCUACAUCAUAUAACCCAAAAAAAAAAAAUUCAAACGUUCUAAUAAUAACUGGGAAAGCAAGGAUGCAGGAGGACAGGGAAGCACUUUGCCGCAACCUGCUGUCAGCAGUAGUUGGGGUUGGGGUAAAUGGGGCAGGACAUAAAAAAACUGUUCCUAAGAAGGUUGCUUUUAUCAUUCAAACUCCUGAAUGUAGUUUUCCUUGUGCUUAGAAAGUGCUUGGUAUCACUUGUGCAUAAGACUUGGUAGAUACUUAGUUAGAAGAUCCAUGUAGAUCAACAGUUUCCCUUGUCGGGUUUAUUGAACAUCUCCUUUCAACUGUUUGAUUUCCAUGGCCAUAAUGGUAAGUGUCUUGGAUUCAACUACAGGAAGCUGUAUUUUGUUCAUGGAACAUGCUUGUGAUGUUUUUAUUAAAAUUUCACGAAGGGGGGUUGUAUGUCAAGAAUUGAUAUUCUUAGAGAGA